GUAGCGAAUAGUAGUACUGCACAUAAUUGUAUAGCUGGAAAAAGAGCUGCACUCAAAUAGUCAUAUAGUAUUUCACUACGUUGUCCUCAGAUAGUAUGCCAUCUUUGAUUGUAGAAGACUACUCAAAUGAUGAUGCGGAAAACUUGGAAUCUAGGAUAGAUCAAGCCGACGUUCCUAUUCCGCUCGAUCAGUUUACAGAAGAGAAGCGGCUUUUGCGGAAGCUCGACAGGCGGAUCCUACCUAUAACGUGUCUUCUCUAUUUGUUCGCAUACUUGGAUCGAUCCAACUUGGGCAAUGCGCGUCUGCAAGGACUACCGGAAGACGUCCUCGGUGGCGAUCCUACAGGAGAACUCUUCGCUACGGUGUAUUCAGCAUUCUUCAUUACUUAUAUUAUAUGCCAAGUUCCUGGUGGUAUAUUGUCGAAAUAUAAUAACCCGCGCAUAUGGAUAGGCAGUGCUGCUAUUGCUUGGGGUCUAUGCUCUACAUUAAUGGCGACAGCCCAGAAUUUUGCCGGACUGGUAGUGGCGCGUUUGGGACUAGGAGUUUUUGAAGCUGGCUUUGGACCUGCUAUCGUUGUAUAUUAUUCUUUUUACUAUACAAAAGCAGAAUAUGGCACGCGGUUGGCUUAUUGGCUUGGCUUUGCUGCUGUUGCAGGUGCCUUUGGUGGUCUAAUAGCUUUUGGUAUCCAGCAUUCACAGCCCAUCAUCGCUCAGUGGAGGCUUCUGUUCAUCAUCGAGGGUGCACCAACUAUCUUACUUGGGAUCUUAUGUCUAUUCAUCCUUCCAGAUCGGCCGGACUCGACUAGUUUUCUCACUGAGUCGGAACGUAAGCUAGCUCUGGACAGAAUGUCGAGGGGUACUAGUGGCGACACCGGGCACACUAUCAAUCGAAGACACAUCAUUGCCGCCUUUCUUGACUGGAGGGUAUAUGUGGCAGGAGUUAUCUAUUUUGGACUUAACUGUGCUUUAGCGUCAAUUUCAGCAUUUCUACCAACUAUAAUUAAAACAUUAGGUCAUUCAAAUGCCGUGGCACAGCUUCUGACUGUGCCUCCGUAUGCAUCCGCAGGAAUUGCUAUGGUACUUCUGUCCUACUCAUCUGACAGAAUGCAGAGUAGAGGUAUCUUCACCGCAGCUUCCUGUUUGAUUGGAGUCAUCGGAUAUAUUUUACUUUUAGCUAUUCCGAACAAUCAACAUAUUCGGUAUUUCGCCACCUUUUGUAUCACAAGUGGAACUUAUACAAGCAUUGGCCUUGUUAACGCCUGGUUUGUACAUAACCUUGGUUCGGAGACCAAGAGGGCGACCGGCGUCCCGAUCUACGGAGCAAUUGGUCAGAUUGGAAGCAUUCUUGGAUCUCACAUCUAUCCCUUGAGCGAAGGGCCAACCUAUACCAAAGGAUUUUCUAUUACAUGUGGACUAGAGCUCUUGGCUGCUCUUUGCGCCAUUCUCUUAAGCGUAUCAUUUCGAUGGGACAACCAACGUAGGGAUAAACUCUACGGCAAACCUGACCCUGAUGCCAAAGUAGAUACCUCGGAAUUAGCAGACAAGGCUCCAUCUUUUCGUUAUGUACCUUAGCUCGAGCGGUUUGGUCCGUUCGAAGUCUUCCUGACAUACCCGAGAUUUAGGGGCAAGUUCGAUACGACUCCCAAAAAAUAUCAAACCAUAUCCUGAUUCUGCUUAACGUACGUUAUGUCAUAAAAUUAAGGUGCUCUUGAUACGUGUCCUCCGAUCGUUCGCCUGUAUCAUCACAACCAUGAAGACAUAAACUUCGCUUU